AUUGGUGAGAGUCUUUUCGUGAAUCAUCUCUGGGUUCCAACGAGCUUGGCGUCGAUGGAAGAUCAUCAAGAAUUCGAGAAACCCAUCUUCGAAUUACACAACAGGAAGGUUCGAAGCUCUCGCAAGAGGAAGAAUCGCUUAGGAGAAUCGAUGAAUCAUCAUUACGAAGAGAUCUUUUGCUACUACGGAUUGAGGGAGAGCCCGAGGAAGAAGAGAACAACCCAGAAACCUCUGCGGAUUAAGAAGAAGCGUCUGGUUCGUUGCGGAGAGUGUGGGAAAGGGUUUCGAUAUGAGAAGUGCCUGAGGAAUCAUAGCGAAACUAUGCAUUCGUUAGAAGAGAAGAAGAAGAAGAGCGAAUGUAUGAGAAGGGAUCUGUUGUGUUUCUUCAGGAGUGGUGGUGUGCAGAGGAGAAAGAGGUCGAAAAGAGUUUCCAGGUACAAGAAGAGUCUUCCUCCACUCUCUGUUUCUUCGUCUUCUUCUUCUUCUGCGUUUGGGAGUGGUGGAGAACUGUUGGAAGUCGCUGAGUCUCUGAUUAUGUUGUCUAAGAGUGGUGAUGCUCUGUUUUCGAAGCUAGAGAUGAAUGAGAGAGAAUGUGAAGAUGGGUUGUUGGGUAAUGAGCAAAAGCUAGUUGGGUCUUUGAGUAAUGAGCUUAGACUUGUGGGUAUUAGAACUGAUUCUAAUGGAACAUCGAAAGAGCUUUUGGGUUUCUUGGGGGACAAGAAGGUUAUGAGAGAAGAUGAGGUAGGAGCAGAGAGUUUUGGGGAAGAAGUUAGAUUGGAGAGAGUGAGCUUGGACGAUACAGAGCAGAAACUUGGGGGUCAAGAAGCUGUGUUUGAAGUUUCAAAUUCAGCAAGUAAGGGUUUUCAGAUGAACAAUGAGCAUAGGUGCAGGCUCUGUGAGAGGGUUUUCUCGACGUAUCAAGCUCUCGGCGGUCAUCAGACGUUUCAUAGAAUGAAGAACAACUAUGAAAAGUCAAAGCAUGAGAUGCAGAGAAGAGCCAGUAGAAGCUGAUGUUGAGAAUGACUCGGUGACAUUGACAGGUGGAAUAUUCGAGCUGAGGUAGUGAAGAAGAAGGAAGAUAAGCUCCGUUGUCGUUGUCUUGUAAAGUGUAGCAUACGUAAAGACUAUACUUUUAGGUCUUUAGUUUUUAGAAGUUGUACAGUUUCAUUGUAGUCUUGCUAUGGUUUAGUGAUCAGUAAAAAAAAAAAGAGUCGACACUUUUUGGGGUUCCUUUCUUGUUUCUCAAGAAACUGAAGAAAUCAUUUUGCAUUAAGCUAAUCCUAAGAUCUAUUUGUUUUUUUUUUAAAGGAGUAGGAGUAGCUAAGCUUAUUGUCUACUUCACAUUAAGAGUUGUCAAUUUGUGUUUUAAUAAUCUGUACUAUUCCUAAUUCUUUCUUAUCAACAUUAUUAUUGUUUGGGCAUGAAAGUAGGAAGAAACCUAUGAUUAGCUUUAUACAAAAAAAAAAAAAAAAA